GGAAGAAGUAGUAGAGGGGAUCUAGAGGGCUCGAAAGUGGGCGCUCAGUCCACCAGAGCAGUCGAGUUGUCAUUCCUCCCUUUUAGGUGGCCUUUCUCUCUCUUGAUGGUCUUCUGAGCUCAGAGUGUUGCAGCAGAGCAGCUUAGGGACAUCUUUGCCCUGAGACAGAAGGAGGAGGAAUAACUUGGAUCCUAUUGGUGACGAAAACUAAAGAUGGAUGAGCCAGACUUAGCUGGUCCUGAAGGAGGAAGAGAAUCUAAUGGUUGCCGUGCUGGGAGCAGUUGGGAAUUCUGGGAGAGGACAGUUCAGAAGAUGUUCCUGGGUGAGGACUUUGCCAGUUCAGAGAGACAGCGCCAGCACUUCAGGCACUUCUCCUACGAGGAGGACAAGGGGCCCAGAGAGCUUUGCAGCCAACUCUACCAUCUCUGUCGUCAGUGGCUGAAGCCAGAACGCCACUCAAAGACUGAGAUCCUGGAUUUGGUGAUCUUGGAGCAGUUCCUGGCAAUCUUGCCCCCGGAGAUGGAGAAGUGGGUCAGGGAAUGUGGGGCAGAGACCUGUUCCCAGGCAGUGUCACUGGCAGAGGGUUUCCUCCUGAGUCAGGCAGAGGCAGGGAAGGAAAAGCAACUGGUGAGAGUGUUUCCCCCUUGGGCAAAGGUCAUCAGUGUCUUGGGAGAGGUUCACUCUGAAUUUCCUGUGGUAGAGAUGGCACCAGUGCAUAUGAGGAAGAGUCCUCAAUGCACUGAGAUCAAGCAAGAAUGUGAUGGAGGGCCCCCCUUGCAAGAAGCUGGAAUGAUACCAGGAACAAGGACUCAGUUGUCUCUUCCUCCUCUUUGCGAUGGACCAGAACCAGAUCAGGGCCUGGUGACUUUGGAGGAGGUGGCUGUGUCUUUCUCCCUGGAUGAGUGGGCCCUGCUGGAUCCUGAUCAGAGAGCCCUGCACAGCCAGAUCAUGGCAGAGAUUUGUGGGAUCAUGGCCUCUCUUGCGAAAAACAGGACCAAAACAUACGUAUGUACUACAUAUGGGAAAUAUUUGAAGCAAAAACUGGAACUUACCAGCCACCAGCAAGCAUAUUCAGAACAGAAAAGUUAUAUUGAUGAACAGGCCUUUGGAUACAAUGUAUCUGGGAAAUGUUUUCCCCAAAAUAUGACACUUGUGCCUCACAAGAGGUUUAAUGUUGGACAAAAACACUUCAGGUCUGAGGUUUCUCUGAAAGGUUUUGAUUUUAAAUUGAACAAUGUGAACCAUCAAGAAGAGUACACAAUAAAGAAGUCACACAUAUGUCAGGAAUGUGGGAAAUGCUUUGCUUACAAUUCACUACUUACGGCACAUCUGAAAGUGCAUACAAACAUUGUGAGCCACUGGAAAGUCCACACAAAGGAGAAACCAUUCAAAUGCCAGGAAUGUAACAAAUGUUUUCCUCAAAAGGCAGUCCUUCUCAGGCAUGAGAGCAUCCACACAGAAGAGAAACCCUACAAAUGUCAGGAGUGUAGCAAAUGUUUUACUCGAAAGGCAUGGCUUGUGAUUCAUCAGAGGCUGCAUACAGGAGAGAAACCAUAUAAAUGUCUAGAGUGUGAAAAAGGUUUUCCUCAUAAAGCAGACCUUGUGAAGCACCAGCGUAUCCACACAGGAGAGAAACCAUACAAAUGCCAGGAGUGUGGGAAAUGUUUUACUGAGAAUUCAGCCCUUUUGAUCCAUCAGAGAGUUCAUACAGGAGAAAAACCAUACAAAUGCCAAGAAUGUGGAAAAUGUUUUUCUCAGAAUUCACACCUUCAAGGCCACAACAGAAUCCACACAGGAGAAAAACCCUACAAAUGCCAGGAGUGUGGAAGACGUUUUGCUCGGAGUGCAUACCUUUUAAAACACAAGAUACUCCACACAGGAGAGAAACCAUACAAAUGCCAGGAUUGUGGGAACUGUUUUGCUCAGAAUUCAGGCCUUCUAAGCCACCAGAGAAUCCACACAAGAGAGAAACCAUACCAAUGCCAGGAGUGUGGAAAGAGUUUUGCUCGGAAAGGACAUCUUGUAAGCCACCAGACAGUCCACACAGGUGAGAAACCAUACAAAUGUCAGGAGUGCAGAAAAUGUUUUGCUCGAAAGGCAUGGCUUGAGAUUCAUCAGAGGGUGCAUACAGGAGAGAAGCCAUACAAAUGCCAAGAAUGUGGGAAAAAUUUUGCUCGAAAAGCACGCCUUGUUAAGCAUCAGGGAGUCCACGCAGGAGAGAAACCAUACAAAUGCCAGGAGUGUGGGAAAUAUUUGGCAUCCAAAUCUGAACUCAUGAAACACCAGAGAAUCCACACAUAAGAGAAACUAUAAAGAUGCCAGGAGUGGAAAACUAUUUGUUAUAGAUGCAACUCUAGUGAUAAAUGAGAGAAUCCACUUAAGAGAGAAACUGUUCAAGUGCCAGGAACAUGGCAUUUUACUGGUAGCUAUUUCACUGGCAAAUAGCUCUUACUAUCAAGUUCUUCCUAAUGUUUUGUUGGAUUCUCCUUUCUCCUGAUUUGAAUCUAUUAGUUAAAGUCCUUUUCUCUGGAACAGCAAGAAACAAAAUCAUUCCAUCUUCCACAUGACAGUCCUUCAGAUUCUUAAAGAUGGGUGUAUACUGCUCAGUCUUUUCUUCUCUAGUCUAAACAUACCCACUUACUUCUUCUUAGGGCCUGCUUUCCAGACCUUUUACAUCUUGGUCACCUUCAAGACAUAUUCCAGCUUGUUAGUGUCUUUCUUAAAUUGUAAUGCCUAGUUUGCAUGUGCUUUAUUGACUAUAGCAAAGCUUUGGGCUGCAUACAUCUUAAACAGCUAUGGCUUGUAUUUGGGCACUGGGAGUGCCACAACACUUGGCUGUCCUAAUGGACAACAUAUACUCAAGACAAGAUGCUGCCAUCAGAACAGAAUACAGAGAAGCAGAAUGGUUCCCAGUCAGCAAAGGAUCCAGGCAAGGCUGUAUACUAUCACCCUAUUAUUCAGCCUUUAUGCAGAAAAUAAUGUACAUAGAUCAGGAUUUGGCUUGGUGACAGAAGGAGUGAAGAAAAAAGGAAGUUACAUUAACAUCCUAAGAUACACAAAUGACACAAUAUUACUAGAAACAAAGACAUAGAAAAAUUACUGAAGAAGGUCAAGGAGGAAUGUGCCAAUCUUAGAUUAAUGAUGAACAUAAAUACCAAAAAAUAAUGACCACGGAAGAUCUACAAGAAUUCAUCAUUGACAACAAAAGUGGAAAUAGUCAAUGCUCCCACACCUUGUAUCAAACAAUCAUAACUGCAGACAAGAAUUAGAAGAAGGUUGGGAUUGGGAAUGGCAGCUAUGAAAGAACUGGAUAAAAUCCUAAAAAGCAAAGAUAUAACUCUGAACAUAAAGUGUAGAUCUCUAGAAGACCCAAAAUGUUUUUUGUUUAGUUACACAUGUUUUUAUUAGAGUUCAAAGACAUAGCUGUGUUAGUCUGGAAAAUCAUUAUGCAAAAGGAUCUUGUAGCACCUUUGAGACUAACUGAAAGAAAGAAUCUGUUUGCAUGAUCUUUCAUAGACUUAAGCCUAUUUGCUCAGAUGCAUGCGUUAGUAAACAAAAAUAUUUUGGAUCUUCUAGAGAUCAUUUGAAAAUUUCUUCCAAAAUGCCUCUAAGGAGAAUUUCUUCUUUCACCAGCUUCCAUUUCCUUGAGAUUUCCAUUUUGGAAGCCUAAUGUUCUGUUUUUUAAUGUUAAGAUACCUGGUGAUGCGGAUUUAUUUACUUUCCCGCUUUUCUCUCUGCUUUGGUAUUCACACAUGCUCAAGAAGGGAUCCUGUGGGCAGCUGCUUUUCACCUUGCAUUUUGCAGAAAGGCAUGCACAACUACAAUAGGACUGACUGGAGCAGAAUCUCAUUACUUUGCAGCUCAUGCAUUGUUGCAUUACUUACUGCAGGUACCUGUAAGAUCCUAACAAUGUAGGUCUAUGAUUUUCCAGCUCACCAGACCUCUAGUGCUGAUGCUGCUAAAAUUCUUCCAGCUACAUAAAGGACAAGAAGGACUAGACAGGUUAUCAGAAGACUUUAUAAAAAGGAGCUUUUUCCCCAGAGGCUUCAUUAACACAGCUAUAAGUAUAUACAUAAGUAACACUCCAUGUGUCUGAUGAUGGCUACAGCCCAUGACCACUGGUGCCAAAGAAAGCUUCUGCACCUGAGGAAGUAAGCUUAAGUUUACAAAAGCUCAUGGUACCAGAUUCUUUCUUUCAACUAGUCUCAAAGAUAGUACAGGCUUCCUUUGCAUAAUAUUUUUGUUAUUUUAUGCAAGACCUGGUUGUUUCCUUUCAUGUGUGCCUAUAGCUAGUUUUGAAUAGAAAGUUUGCUAAAACAGAUUGAACUGGGCUUUCCUCCCUGGUACAGGAAUAUAUUGUUAUGCUUUCCAUGGUAUUUCUUUGUUUCCAGUCAGUGGAAUGGAAUCACAUAUUCAGUGAACAGCUACAAAAGACCAUCAAAAUAUAAGAAGGUUGGGAAAUGUUAGAA